AUUUUUUUGAGUGUAUAUAGAUCAGCUGUUGUACGAUAAAUUUUUGAUAGUUGUAUAUUGAAGCAGUAUGGCAGCAUUCUUUGCAUUCCUAUUUGCUCGUUUAUGGCUCAUUAGUCAAACGUCAGUCUGUGAAACUUUUUUUUAACAAUUUUUUAAUCAAAUUAAUCAAGAAAUAAGUGGAAAAUGAGUGAUAGUGAGUCGGACAGCAAUACAAAACAAGCAAAAUGCAGUGGUGCAAAAUUUAAACUUAAAAAGUUGGGCGAAAUAGAAAAGCUAGAGUCCGAUGAAUUAUGCGCCUACAUAUCGGAGCUACAUGAACUGCUCAUAAAAAAAGACAAUAAAAUAAAAAAAUACAAAGACAAAUAUAAAGAAAUCCUGAGGCAAUUAAAACACGAAAAAGAAAAUAACAACUCCGAUAAAUCCUCAAAUAUUGAGUCUAAUUCCCCCGCCCCCGUAGAUGAAAAGCCAGCUGAUGAUGACGCCUCUGCUACUGUGGACAAUUUUGUGGAUGAUAUUCGUCGUGCCGCCGAACAGGCGCAAAAUUUGAAUGGCUUCGUCUACGAGCCCACAUCUGGUCUAUACUAUGAUCAGAAGACCGGCUACUAUUAUAAUGCGGAAUAUGGUCUCUAUUACGAUGGCAAUAACGGCUGCUAUUACAACUACAAUCAAGAGAAAAAUGUUUUUGAAUUUCAUUCGCAAGUUCAAGCUCAGCAAAUUCAGAAAGCUGCAGAGUGCAACAACGCCAGUGAUAAAGAUGUGCUAGCGAAUUAUGAUGAUUUCGAUGCGGACGAGAUGGUGGCGUUCGACGAGUUCGGCGGCGUCAUAACCGAUCAAGAGCGACUGCGUAAAAUCAAAGAGGAGCGACGCCAGGAGCAAGAAGACGAGCGCAUGUGGCGUAAAAAGAAGAAAUCGAAGAGCACAAAGGUUGCCAAGAGCGAGAAGCGUGCCAAAUCAAAGAAACGAAAGCAUAAAUCGAAGAAGCGCAAGCGCUCACGGAAACACAAGCGCGCGUCGAGCGAUUCUUCGUCGUCUGAUAACGAGAGCGAUGUGCAGGAAAACAAGAGGAAAAGUAAGAAGCGUGCGCGUAGGCGUUCGUGUGACGUUGAGGACGGUGAGUUGUCCGAGUCCAGCAGCAGCAGCGGAAGUGAGAGCGAUGAGGAUAGUCGUAGCAGUGGUGAUGGUGAAAGGGGUGCUGAGGGGAAAGAGGGCAAGGAAGUUGCUACUUUUGCAGGCGGGGGGCGCUUUCAAGAUAUAGCUAAAAAAUACCCGCCUUCGCUGCGCAUCAUUGUGCAGGAAAGCAAUUUGGAGGCGCUAAAGGUUGGUAGUCUGAGUUUAAUCACAUAUAAGGGCGGCAGUUUGGGUCGCGAAGGCAACCACGACGUCAUAAUACCGGAUGUGAAUGUGUCCAAGCUACACAUGAAGUUUCACUACGAUCAUAAGCAGGCUAUUUACAAGUGUACCGACCUGGGCUCACGUAACGGCACGGUGUUGAAUGGCACUCGCAUGUCUGCUUCCAAGCAAGAGAGCACCGAGUGUGAUUUGGUGCACGGCAGCGUCUUGCAAAUCGGUCAAACGAAGUUGUUGUGUCACGUGCACGAGGGCAACAGCACUUGCGGUCUGUGUGAGCCGGGCUUAUUGAUUGAGACGACGCGUGAAAGCAAUGCUACGGCAGGCAAUACAACGGUGCUUACACAUCGUGAACAGUUGAAAAAACUGCAGAAGAAGUAUGGCUUGGAGAAAGAGAAAUUUGUGGAGGGCAAGCAAAAUGCCAGCAGCUACAAUGAUCGUGCCGCCACCCGACGCAUACAAGUGGGCAGCUCAACGGAUGGCGAGAAAACGCAAGCCGCAUCUAUUAAUACUGAAAUAUCUUCCGACAAUAAGGGCUUCAAGAUGCUCUCUAAACUCGGCUGGAACAAGGGUGAGGCUUUGGGUAAAGCGAGUGAUGGCUCGGGGCUCUUGGAACCGAUUAAUGUCGCAUCGAAUGAGGGCAAGACUGGUUUGGGUUGCGGUGCGGCUUCUUCCGUUAGCGUUGCACUUACCAAUGCUGAUAAACGCAAGAUCGCGACUUGGAAGAAGACACAGGCACGCUAUCAACAAACGGAUAUUUUCGAAGACAGCGAUAAUAGUUCUUAAUGCUUUAUGUUCUUUAUAAAAUUUGUGGCUAUGUGGAAAUAUUACUAAUAAAGGAACUUCGAUUCUUAUAAAA